CAUGUCAUAUCGUAUCAUAUAAAUCAAGCAAAGCUCCGACUUUUCUCUCUCACAUUACUACUGCUCCGUCUAACAUUAUCAUCUCCUCUAAUUAUUUUCCUUCGUAUACGUUAGAUUUGCUUAACGUCUAUCUUUUCUUCACCCUCGAAUUUGAGAUUUUGGAAAAACAAAAGAAGACGAUGAAAAAAGGGUUGGUAGUGGAAUCUGGGUUUGUGUUCGAGGAAGAGACCAGCCUCACUGUCUCAAAGACCUCUCUUUUCUUCGCCGGCGAUGGCUUCACCGUCUACGACUGCAGAGGAGAACUCGUCUUCCGAGUCGACUCUUACGGACACAAUAUUCGUGACAAAGACGAACUCGUUCUAAUGGACGCUCACGGCCGCUGUCUCCUCACUGUCCGCCGAAAGAGGCCGAGUCUUCAUCAACGGUGGGAAGGGUACCUAGGGGAGAGAUCGGAGGGUCAGAAGCCGAUCUUCAGUGUACGGAGAUCAUCAAUCAUCGGACGGUCGAGCGUGACGGUGGAGGUAAUGGGAAAUCCAGAAGAAGAGUAUCAGAUCGAAGGGUCAUUUGGUCAACGGAGCUGCACGAUCUUCAACUCAGCGAAGGAAUUAGUGGCUGAGAUUAAACGCAAAGUAGAUGCCUCAACCAAUGUGGUACUUGCCAAAGACGUCUUCUCUCUUUGCCUCAAGCCCGGCUUCGAUGGUGCCUUUGCCAUGGGAUUAGUCCUCAUUCUUGAUCAGACCAACGGUGACGAUUACUUCAACGUUGGAGGAGGAGAGGUUGACUAAUAAAAAAUAAUAUAAAUACACUACUUGGUAUAUAUAAACAUAUAUAUCCAUGAAAUCGUAUCUUUGUAAUAUUUGUGGUUUGAGUUUUGCUUCUUUUUUUUAAAGCAAAAAAAUUAAUAAAACAAAAAUGAGAGAAGUGAUGAAACAUAA